GGCUGGAGCCGGUAUAAAAAGCAGAGCUACUGUAGUGAACUAGAAGAGACGGCAGCAUUUGUGAAAAAGAGCAGGAGAGAGCGGGGAGUGAAUGCUGAGAUUGCUAGUCAGGCAAAGGGCAGAAUCCCCUGAAAACUCAGGAGCAAAGGAGGCACCGGUUGGCCAUGGGGCAGCCUUGGCACCGGCAGCGAGAGCCUAGCGUCGGAUAACCAGCAAGACUCCUAGCCACUAUUUCCCGUUGAAGGGGUCUAUUUUAGGCGCAGGGCAGGCUCCACCUUUUCCAAAAGGGGUCAGGAGUAUAAGUCUGAGGCGAUUGCAGCCCCCUUCCCGUGCCUUCUGGAGCUGAGUCUUUGGUUCGCGCUCCUGAGGGCGAAGGGUUGGGUGUUCCAGCAGUCACCUCAGCAUGUUGCUGACCAGGUCAUAGGCCAAAGCUGCUCUUCUCUGCAGCUUGGGGGGAUCCUUUUCUUCCACAUCUUUCUCUCCCCAAGUUGCAGCAGCAACACCUUCUACUGACCUGAUCAAAAUGACUGUCAAAGCAACUAAAAUGUCAUGCAUUGCCCCAAAUGUUUAUACUAAAGUGCCUGAUGGAGGAUGGGGAUGGAUUGUGGCAUUCGCUUUCUUCUUUGUGGAGGCCCUGACGUAUGGCAUUAUCAAGUCAUUUGGGGUCUUCUUUACUGACUUAGUGGAAAGUUUCGAUGAAACCAACAGCAGGAUAUCAUGGAUAAUCUCAAUAUGUGUCUUUGUACUUACAUUUACAGCUCCUCUUUCUACAGUAGCAGCCAAUCGUUUUGGUCAUCGUCUGGUGGUGGUGAUUGGAGGGUUACUGGUCAGCACUGGAAUGGUUGCCGCUUCCUUUGCACGUUCAGUUGUUGAAAUGUACAUCUCAACUGGCAUCGUCUCGGGUUUAGGAUACUGUUUUGCCUUUCUUCCAACUGUCACCAUUCUGUCUCAGUACUUUGACAAAAAGCGUUCAUUGGUCACUGCCGUGGCUUCUACAGGAGAAUGCUUUGCUGUUUUCUCUUUUGCACCAGCUAUCACCGCUUCAAAGGAAUACUUUGGUUGGAGACCCAGCCUCUUGUUUGUUGGUCUACUGCAGCUUGGAAUUGUUGCCUGUGGAUUGCUGCUGCGACCCAUCACAGUCAUAGCCCAGGAAGUAGUGAAAGUAUCAUCGGUGGAAGAGCAAAGAGAGACAAAGUACAUGCUUGAAAAUGAGCAGACACGCACCUCAAUAGACUCCAUUGACUCAGGAGUAGAAAUAACUACCUCACCCCAUAACAUACCUAGAGAUGCCAACUUGGAACUCAAAAGUGAAGAACCAAAGGAAAACACAGAGAUGCUCAUAGCAAGUGGUAGCGUUCCCACCAAGGAACCCAAACCCGAACUCCUCCUAGACUUCUCUGUGUUGAAAGACUACAGCUUUAUUUGUUAUGCGCUUUUUGGUCUAUUUGCUACCUUGGGAUUCUUUGCUCCUUCGCUGUACAUAAUUCCUCUCAGCAUGAGCAUUGGCAUCAACAAGGAUCACUCUGCUUACAUUCUGUCAGCAAUGGCAAUUGCUGAGGUCUUUGGUAGAAUCAGUGCUGGCUGGGUCCUCAACAAAAAGCCCAUCAGAAAAAUUUAUAUCGAACUCAUCUGUGUCAUUCUGCUGGACGUUGCCCUUUUUGCCUUCCCUCUUGCCUAUGAUUUUUGGGGGCUAAUGAUGUGUAGCAUUUUCUUCGGAUUCAUGCUUGGGACAGUAGCUGGCACUCACAUUCCAAUGCUGGCUGAAGAUGAUGUUGUCGGCAUUGAGCGGAUGGCGUCUGCUGCAGGGGUCUAUGUAUUUAUUCAAAGCUUAUCAGGGCUGGCUGGACCACCCCUUGCAGGUGUACUAGUGGAUACCACAAAAAAUUAUAGCUCUGCAUUCUAUUCCUGUGCUGCUGGAAUGCUCUUGGCUGCUGUAUUCCUUUCUUUGGUGAGGCCUUGCAAGAAUUUAAGAUGUCAAAGUAAGAAACAGUCAGUACAAGAGAAUGUCUCAGAGCCUCGGCGGGAUGUACCGGAUGAUUUUAUAGAACCUGAUUUUGGAAAAACUGAGGAUUCUGUGAAGGGCUUUGACAGCAUAGCUUGAAUUUUAAAAUAUGUAUUUAGAAAUUGGGGAAAAAGAAGUCAGCUCAAGUCCACCUUCUAAAAACUACACGUUAAAGGGAAUGCAAAAUUAUAAAGGUGAACAGAAGUUAGUAAUCCUUUCAUAAAGAUUAACAUUAUCUAGUGUUCGAAAACACCUGGAAUGUGAAGUUCCAUUGAUUAAUCCAUGCACACACUCCUAUUGAGCAUGAAGUUGUGAUUAAAAUUUUCAUAUUAAUGGGAAGCAGGCAACACAUAAUCUCUUAAUUCCAAAUCACAGUGAAGAGGCCAACUGUUGUUAUGUUAAAGAAAAAUCCAAUAUGGCUCAUGUAACUAAAGCUAAGUUUGCCAUGUUCUUUGUUGCCUAGGAGAAUCUCACACCAGAAAUGUUCUUCUCUUAAUUAACAACACAGGAAUAGUGCCACAGAAUAACUAAUCUGAUAAAACAGAGUCUGAGUUUUUUGUUUCUUUUCAUCAAAUAAAUAUAGCUGUGUUUUAAUUUUAGGUAUUAGGGAUUACAUUUAUAUUUGGAACAGGGCUGAGGAACAGGUAGUCAGUUCUCCUGUUCAGCACGACUUGAAUUGGAAUCCAGCAACAUAUAGAAAGAAGUAACUUUUGUCAUUGCUGACUAGAGAAUUCAUGAAUAGCUUUUGUUUGCUUUUUUUAAAAAGUUUGGUUAAACUCCACAAAAUCUCAGAGGUUACCACUUCUAUUUUAGGGCCAGUUAGCAUAGCUGCCUUAUGAGGGUAUUAUCUUAUACUGUAGUUGAAAAUUAUUGCCUAAUCCUAAGUAUGUUUAUUUCUAACUUAUAAGUCCUACUGUUUUCUUCAAGAUUCACUACUGAAUGUGCAUAAAUUUGCAGCCUUGGUGAGAAUUGCUUUUUGAGUAGAUAUGCUCAGAUAUAGAGGGACGAAUUCUGAUUACGCGUGGAUAGGAUUGUAUUUUUAAAGACUUACUUCCCUUUGCUGUGCAGGCAAAUCACUAUGAUUCUAGCCGUUUUAAUUUUUAAAAAGUAUUUAUUUUUAUUUUGUGAUUAGCUGUUAUUUAAAACAAACAAACCAUAAAUUUGCCCAAAUUCUCUUCAGGUCUCUUUGAGGCAUUUCUAGUGUGUAGAUUUUUUAGAGGCAUAGAUAAUAGUGCACCUACUUCUUUUUAUUGUUACAGAAAACUUGCAGCAGACUGACUUUUAACGAAAUGAAACAUACACAUGCUGUUUUGGAGUUCAAAGAUUAAAACAACUGGACUAUAGUCUUAGUCGGUAACACUCUGAGGGUCUGCUCUGGUAUAAAGGAGGCUGUGGUUUAAAUCCAGUGAAACAUUUCAAACAUGUAGGGUAUUCUAUUAGGACCGUUCUAGUAAAAGUUAAGUCUACUGUUAAACGCUUUGCUGAAUUAGGAGAAAAACAUUUUUAAUCUGAAAAUAUUAUUCCACUGUCUCCAGUUAUACUAAGAAUCACCUUUCAGUUAGGUCUCUCUGUAGGCUUGAGUCCUUUAUGCACCAGCUGAGAAUGCACAUGCUGUAUAUUUGGGACUUGUUCUCACAUUUGUUAAUUUCCAUACCCUCAUCCACACGUAGGGCUUUUCUGAGGAGAAUGGAAGCCUUGACUGUUCCAUCAGUGCCUUCACAUGAAGGCUGUACAUUUUGCCAUUCCAUUUGCAUGACCACAGUUGUCCUUUAUUAGACAGUAAAGUGCAUGUGAAAGGUGACCCUGUGUAAUCUAAUGCCUCAGUCAUCUACUUGCAAUUCUCACUGGGCAGUGUACCUAGAAGCAGUCACAUUUGGGAUCCUAAAGGAGCCAAAUGCAUAAACCAAGCCUUGGAGUUCUACGAGGGCUAUCCGAUCUAUGCUUUAAAAAUCCAGGUGACUGCAAGAUGGCAGCAAAGAGAUACCUUAGCCUAACUCUUGUCUUUCAUCUGGUGGUUAUCCAGAUUUUUACAGCUGUAUCUGGUUACCCUAGUUUUAAAUGCUCCAUUUAUUGCAGCUAUAUAAUGUAUGAAUCAAUGUAACAAUCACUGCAGAGAAAAAUGCAACAAAGAGAAAGUUAGCAUUUUUAAAAUACAAUUUGUGCGCCCCCUCCUCCCAUUUUCAGUUAGUUUUAUAUAAAGAAAGGGAAUUGUAAGAGGUGGCAACAUGUUGACUAUUAUUGACUUUUAAUAAAUAACCAUCAGAGGUGACACGAGCUUGCUUGCCCCAUUUUUAUGCAUCUUUUUGUCACUAGACAACUCAGGGGGAAAAAUGAGAAAAUUGAAAAAGUCUGGUUCUGAAUACACAAGUACAGAUUCAAAUGUUUCUUGGUAAUCCAUUGAUAAUGGCACUGUAUGUUAACUAUUCUGCCAAGACUAUAUAAAUGAAGGUCAUUGUGGUUCAUGGUGGUGGUUUUCCUAAAGCCUGUACCAAAAAAAAAAAUUGUUCAAAAUCCAUACCAUUGCCAUGUGGUUAGGACAUAAAUACAUUUAUGUGAAUGUUAACCAAUUUUCAGUGGAACAUAUUUAAAAUAUUCUGAUUUUUAAAUAUUCUUAUCACAACAAAAACAAGAGCUACUAUUUGCACUAUGUUCUACUCAAAUCCUUUCCAUUCAAGGUGAUAAGAUGCCUAGGCACAGGAAAUGGUGCCCCUGUAUCUUUAAGCGACCCACCUUCUCUCCCUGCUGGAAAAUGAUGGAGACCAUGUUGCAAUUUAGGAUCUUUUCUUUAUUUUCAGCACUUUAUCAUGUACAGUAGAGCCCUGAUAAACUGCAGGGAAGAUUGGGAGGAGGAGGAAAUGACUAGGUUUUCUAGUUUUUUUAGUAGGGAAUAAAAUAAUGAGGUGUAUACCCAUAAAAUUGAGUUAUUUAUUUAGCAAGCAUGCCAUGUACCUGUUACACUUCUAGUAAAGCAGAAAACGUAAGGUAGGCAUGGCAAUCUAAAUCUUAAACUAUUUUUGGAAUAAAAAGGCCCACAGUCACUGGCAAAUGUUCAUACUGUGAUUUAACCUACCUGAACUAUCGUAGUUUGAAUUCUAACAUAAAACCACCAUAAUACAGGUAGUCCUUGUUUAGCAACUGCCUUGGAUAGUGACUGUUUGCAAAUACAAUGGUAAUAAAUGGCAAUAAAAAAUUCAUUUUCUGACCAAUGGGAACAUUUACCACAACAAAAAUCUUCAGUGUGAAACUGAUUGUGGUCUGGUCAGUUUCAGGCAGCAAGGUGCCAGGGAAGGUUCUAAUCCACUAAUUAAGGUCACAGAGCUAAGCUUGUUAACUUACAGUUAGCACUUUUUAGGGAAGGGCAGAGAAAGCAGCUCAGGAA